GCUGGGGUCAGUGGGGACAAGAAGAGGACAAGAAGAGCUUCUGUUUGGACCAUGUGUUGCGCGCAGCGCCAUGCACUGGACUGCUGGUUUGAUCCUUGCUCAUCAUCUCGAGCUCCGGAUCGUAUGCCCCUGCUCAGGUUGAUUCGCUAGCACCAAUCGUGCUGUGAGCUGUAGUCUGUCAGAAAGGAGGGAGCGUUCUCAGGAAGGCUGAAACUGUACAGAUCCUGAGACAAUCAUGCCAGUGUUCAAGCCGCCUUGCCCGGACUGAUCAGCUCGAAAUCUGGGACAGGGUUGUUAUUGAAAAGUAGGCGAGCUAUUCCAACAUCCAUAAUUGAGAGCUUGGAGCUCUGAGGUUGAGCCGUGUUUUGCCCAGGAAAAGUCGAUCAGCGCUCUCUUUGAGAGUUCUGCGGUCAAUGAUGGUACCGGCUUGCAUGUUUAGUUUGCAGCUCUGGUUUGUCAAGCCACACCGCUGAGGGGCCUGAUUAGAUCCACUUCUUUUCGAACCUCCACUCUAGGGGCACUUCCAACUUUGUCAAACAGUCACUUCCACACUCAACUGCUCAGUCUUCAAAAGGGCCUUUGACCUCUGGUGACGUGCCAGAUCAAGUAUGGCAGCUUCAAGUGAGCCAGAUGCCCAAGAGGAGGCCCAUGCCCUUUUGAUCAAAGCAGAGGUGCAAAUGGCGGCGGGGCAAGUGCAAGCAGCUCUGGCCAUCCUGCAGGAAGUUGACAACCGCUUCCCAGACACGAAAGGGGCGCGAGAGGCUCUGGCGGUUGCCAAGGUUAUGAGCGCGGUUAAGGUGGGGGUAAAGCGUGGUUGCGAGUGUACACAAGGCGUGCAGAACGAUUUGGCGUGUGAUUGGUAUGCGGUACUGAGAGUGGAUCCGGAAGGGGACGAUGCAGCUAUCAAGAGGAAGUUCAGGCAGUAUGCCCUACACUGUCAUCCCGACAAGAACAGCAGCGCUCGUGCGGGAGAGGCGUUCAAAUGGGUGUCCGAAGCAUACGCUGCUCUGUCCGACCCCGUCCGGCGGGCCAUGUUCAACAAACAACGGGCGCUCCUCGCCGCGCCCUGCAUCGAUUGCAUCCUCCGGAAGAGUGCUGAGUUCGAGGAGAAGCUCCGGCAGUCGGUCAACGCAUUGCCGCACGCAAGGGUUGUGCGAGAGGGGGAGCGCAGUGCUUUUAGGAGGGACGUUCCUGUAGGGGGGGGUGUCUCUGCAGGGGAGUUUGGGGGGGGUGUGCGGAUGUCGGACCCUGCAUUUCAGCAGCGGAGGGGGUAUGGCGGCGGAAGGGUUGCGACGGAAAGUGAGGAGUCGUGGCACGAGAAGAGGGAGCGGUGGCUGCGGCAGCUGGACAAGUCAAAGGCUAAGGCCCAGGUCCGAAAGCAAGCAUGGGACGACAAUCUCCGCAGCUUCGAUGCCGCUUCCUCCACCCGCAAAGAAUCAGCCGCUCCUCAGCACCCACCCCUGUUCAAACCUAAUCUCAACCGGGGCCCUUGGGUUGCGACCAACCCGCUCUUUGCCUCUGACGCACCGCACUCCAGCAGCGGUGUUACUGGGCACCACCAGGCUGAGUCAAGCGGGAAUCUCAAAGGGGGUGUGCACAGUUGGGAAAGGUCAAAAAGCGUAAUUGAUAGGGAGAGACCUGCGCGGAAAGCUCCGCUUGUUGGGAGGUUUGCAGUAGAUGGAGAGUUGGCGUCCAACCUGGGGGCAGGGCUGACGUCAGAGGGGGCGGGGAUGACGUCAGAGGGGACGGGGAUGACAUCGGAAAGGGACGGAAAGACGUCCCGAGGGCCGGAGGUUAGCAGACCGGUGAGCGGAGGGUUCGGCCGCAAAGUGCCGCUUACGGGCGGAUUCGCUGGCAACCAGAAGAAAGCAGCGGGACACGACCCAGGUCUCACUCGUACAGAAAGUUUGGGAUCUAAAGGACCGUUUCGGACGGAAGAUCCCCCUUCGGACGCGAUGUCGGGCGUCCGAGACAUGCUGGAAAAGGAACGGGCGCUGAACGAGAUGUUUGCAAAACAGGCAGACGAGGGGCCCCUCGGGAAAGCGGUGAAUGGGGGCGUGCUAAGGCAACGGCGGGAUACGAACCGGAGUCAGGAGACGUAUGGAAGCCAGGAGGGGUCGAGGGCGCGCUUUGAGGGGCGGAAGACGGGAUGCGAGGGUGACAAGGCUCGCGCGAAUGAUCUUCCGGGGCCACUGUUUGGCAGCGAGUACCGGCGGACUGUAGAGAAGGAGAACGUGGCGGACGCACAGGGACGGGUUUAUAGUCUCUUUCAACAUCAUCGGUCAGGCAGUCCGUUUGUCCGACCGGAGUCGUUCGUCCGGUCCGCUUCGGACCGUCCGAACGCAGCUGCGGGUCCUCCGUCCGCUCACGAGCAGCUCAUGUCCACUCUGCGGCGGUUGAAGGAAGACGGAUUGGGUGCCGCCAACAGCAAAAAAGUUGGGCUCUCGUUUGGGGUUACAAGCGCCGCGACUAUGAAGAUGGAGGGUUAUGGUGCUGUGCAUCAAAGUCGAAAAGCGGAAAUAACUAGUGGUACGAGUAGUCUAAGCACGGCGGAGGAGUUGCUGCAGAGGUUGCGACGGAUGAGGGUGGACGACGGUGGGUUGGCUUGAGCGGGUGGCAUUGAGACUGCCCGUUUCUUUGACAUUUGCCGUUUCGGUGGAGACAGUUGACCUGAAUGUACCUCUGCCGGCUUGAACAGUACCGCGACUCGCAUGCACCGACAAACAUUUCAUAUGCA